UCGAUCAUUACUUCACAGAAGUUCGUCAGCGCGAGUCUUGUCUAGAAGGAGUAAGUGAAACAAUAUUUAAUCUUGUUGCAAACAGUUAGUCGAAAGUUUUGUUAUCGAGAAAUAACGUCAACUAUUCUCUCGGAAUGGAUCCGAUAGCAAAUAAAGUUGUACUUAUCACAGGCGGGGCCAACGGAAUCGGCUUCGCCUACGCCACGGAAUUUUUAAGAAACGGAGCUGCGCACGUGGCUAUUCUCGAUUUGGCAAAUUCGAACGGCGACGAAGCGGUGAAAAAAUUGGAAAAGGAAUUCGGAAAAGGAAAGGCGAUAUUUAUCGUAUGCGACGUGGCCAAGGCUCAGGAUUUGGAAGAUGGGUUCGCUAAAACGGUGAAGGAAUUCGGUGGACUCGACAUCGUCAUUAACAACGCUGGUAUAAUGGAUGACUCGCGGUGGGAACUGGAGAUCAAUGUAAACAUCACAGCCGUAGUGCGCGGAACUUUGCUGGGCUUCGAGUACAUGGGAAAGAACAAAGGCGGCAAGGGUGGAACCAUAGUGAACGUCUCUUCAAUCUUGGGCAUCAUACCAAUUUGGACUUUCCCAGUUUACUCGAGUACCAAACACGCGGUCAUUGGCUUGACUCGAUCUUUCGGAGAACACCAUCACUUCGAUAAAACAGCGGUCCGAGUAAUGGCGAUGUCUCCAAGCGCAACGGAGACCCAACUGAUGACCAAGAGUUAUGAGAGGACGCUGGAAUGUCUGACUCCUGAUAACGUGAGAGAAAUGAUGCUCCAUUUCCCAUCUCAAAGUGUUGAAGCGGUGGUCGAUGGCAUGCUCCACAUGAUCAGAGUCGGGGAGAACGGCAGUGUCUGGGUGGUUCAGGCCGGAGAACCGCCGUACGAAGCUGACUUUCCCGAUAAACCAGUGAAGAAGGUCCGAGUUUGAGGCGGGCUGUGGACACCACGGAUUGCGUCGAGACCUAAAACUGCUACAGCUGAUUUCUCGAUGAGAAAGCGAAGAGAAUCUCGACUUUGGAGCAAUCGCGAAAUGCAAGAUCAACACGAAACCGGAUUUUACUAAAUGUUUGCAUUUCUAUUUUCAUGACAAAUAAACGAAUGAAUAAAAAGAAUUUACGGUUAUUA